CGCCCGCCAAGCUGCCAAGUCCCUUGGAUCCAACUCGAAGCUCUGCUCUGACGCCAGCAACCUUCCGCUCUCGUCGAAUCGCGGCCGCCUGUCGUGGAACGUGGGAGCGUGUCCUGCUGUCACCCUGCCUCACCCUGCCCGUUUCGCGACGCUCGAGAUCGGAAAGUGUCACAUUUGACGUGGGGUGCCCGGAGUCUUUGCGGCCAAUGAUGCCCUGCAUCGCGUGCAUGUCGUCGAGAAUGAUAUUCCAUGCGUCGUUCGAGAAAGGGCCCGCUGGUCGGAGACCCCGAUUACAUGGCCUGUUUGCUCGCCAUCGCCGCCAUUCUGCGCCCGCCGACUCCAUCUGAUGCUGAGACCCUCCUCUGCACGUGGGCGACAUGCAACCCCUCGUGCUGGACAUAAAAAGCGUCUCACCCCUGGUCGGACUGUGAAUCGAUCGUCGCAGCUCCUCUCAGCAUCUCAACCUCCUGUUCCCCCUGUUCUCGAUCGCCCGCCUUCAAGAUGGUGCACGAGCAUACCUACAUCUUUGCCAUUGGCACUCUGUUUGCCAUGCUCGAUGCAUACAACAAUGGUGCCAACGAUGUUGCCAACUCCUGGGCCACCAGUGUGUCCUCUCGCUCCAUCUCGUACCGCCAGGCGAUGAUCUUCGGCACCAUCUUCGAGUUUCUCGGUGCCGUGACCGUCGGUGCUCGUACCGCUGAUACCAUCAAAAACAAGAUCAUCCCCCCCGAGGCGUUCGAGGGCAAUGCUGGUGUGCAGAUGUUGGCGUUUGCCUGCGCUCUCGCUGCCGCUUCGUCCUGGGUGAUGUGGUGCACCCGUCACUCGACCCACGUCUCGUCCACCUAUUCGCUCGUCUCGGCCAUCGCUGGUGUGGGUGUUGCAACCGCUGGUGCCUCGUCUGUGCAAUGGGGCUGGAACAAGGGUAGUGGUCUUGGUGCGAUUUUUGCAGGUCUGGGCAUGGCUCCUGCUAUCUCUGGCUGCUUUGGUGCCAUCAUCUUCAUGCUCAUCAAGGUGGUGGUGCACAUGCGCAAGAACCCUGUUCCGUGGUCCGUCUGGACUGCUCCGUUCUUCUUCCUCAUUGCUGGAACCAUUUGCUGUCUCUCGAUUGUCUACAAGGGUUCGCCGAACCUGGGUCUGAGCAAGAAGCCCACUGGCUGGAUUGUUGGCGUGACCCUUGGCACCGGUGGUGCUGUCUGCCUGCUGUCGGCCCUCUUCUUCGUUCCCUUUGCCUACACCCGUGUCAUUCGCAAGGACCCCAACAUCAAGUGGUACGAGUUCAUCUACGGUCCUCUGCUCUUCACGCGCCCUGUCCCUGCCGCCUCCGAGGUCGCCAAGGUGCCCAACUAUGCCGUUAUGCAGGACGACGACCUUCCCGACUCUCCCGACACCCUCGCCGAAGACAUUGGGAAGCCCGCCCAUCCCAUCGAGAAAGGCGACACUGUUGUCGAAGCACAGCAGCUCGACUACAAGGAGCUCAUGGCCCGUGGACAGGAGCGCUUCCAUGCUAAGCUGCGCCGCGGUCGUGGACCCUUGGCCUGGGCUAUGCGCACUCUCCACGACAACCCUAUCGGCUCCGGCGAGAUUUACGAACUGCACAACAUCAAGAUUCUCCUGAAGCGCCUCCCGGCUAUGGUCGUUGUUGGUGCUCUGUAUGGUCUUCACUACGACAUCCACGCUGCCCAGUCUGGUGUGCACGGAACCCCCGAAGGUGCCCGUAUGGAACGUGUCUAUUCCCACGCGAAGAAGUACCCCAACGAAGUCGAGCACACAUACUCUUUCGUCCAGAUUUUGACCGCCUGCACUGCCUCGUUUGCUCACGGUGCCAACGACAUCGGCAACUCCGUCGGCCCAUGGGCGGUCCUGUACUCCGCCUGGAGAACCGGCGUGCCUUCCGAGUCCAAGGCCGAGGUUCCUGUCUGGCAGCUCGCGGUUCUGGCCAUCAUGAUCUCGAUCGGCUUGAUUACUUAUGGAUACAACAUCAUGAAGGGUAAGCCUCCUCGUUUUCUUCAGAUGAACAAAGCUAACGAUCACCAGUCAUGGGUAACAAGAUUACAUACCACUCGCCCAGCCGAGGAUGUUCCAUGGAGCUCGGCGCUGCCAUUACCGUCCUCGUUUUCUCCCAGUACAAGCUCCCCGUGUCGACCUCGAUGUGCAUCACCGGUGCCACCAUUGGUGUCGGUCUCUGCAACGGAACGAUCAAGGCCGUCAACUGGCAGCGGGUCGGUCUGCUCGGUCUCGGUUGGAUCAUGACUAUUCCCAUUGCUGGAACUCUGGCUGGAUGUCUCAUGGGACUCUUCUUGAACGCUCCUCACUUUGCGUGAAUGGUAUUCACCUAGCAAUCUACGUACAUAGAUAUAAUACCCGAAUACUACGCUCUUUAGUCACAAUCUCAUUGCUGUCUCUAGAAAUUAAAUCCUUUGUCAACCAUGCACAGU